UCUCUGCCUUUUCUUUUUGAUGCGAGCUUGUAUUACAGUGAGCAGAUAUCUGCAGUCAUUGGCUGAGAGGCCGGCCUGCCCACAGCAUGAGGGAUUGACUCUGUCUUCACUCCGUCCCAAUAAGGGCCAUGUAGCAGUUCAAAUCCAAUGGAAAAUGGCCAAAAGUGGUAUACACUAAAUAAAUAAUCCGACUUAAAGCUCUGCGUAAUCGUCUUCCGCAACAGCCUUUGCUUAGGUCGGACUGAUGAUAAUAUGUUUACGUGAUUAUUUUCUCCGUUACUCCGGAUCCGUUUAAUCCACAGCUCCGGCUCCGGGUUUUCCGCGCAGCCGCUUUCUCGUAGCUCAGCUCAGCGCGCACGGAGCCGCGGGCCGCUCUCUCUCCGGCUGGAGCGGAACUCAGCAAACCCAGCGUAGACGCGCACGGGACUGAGAUAAAUCAAGAGGACUGCAUUUGUGCGUUUGUUCUUUCUUGCUUUGUUUUCGCUUGUUUUUUUUUACCCAGCUGCCUUGCGCACAGGCCGCGUCUCCUCUUUCUCCUCCAGCAGGACGGACGGACUCUCUCUCUCUAUCCCCGCAUCCCUUCAUCCCGGCGCGGUGGAGAGCAGAAGUGCGCGCUCGUCUGCGGGAAUGUGACCGCUCGCUCUCAGAUAAAGGCUCAGACGCGUCCCGUAUGAGCGGAGCAUGUGUGCGGCGUGCGCCGAGACGCGCUGUUCCCGAGCUUCUUCUCUUUAAAGUUUUCAUCAGAUAUUUGUUCAACCUUUAUCCGUUCAUUUACAAAAGGCUUGGAGGUCAAUGAUGGUUAUCUGUGAGAGUGACUUCGCCGGAUCGUUGUGACUACAGUGAUUUCGACAGAAAAAUGUGGAAGGCGGCCAGACCGGUCAAAGCUAGGAUGGGAUGUGCAGAAUGGAGGUCUUUGGCUCUCUGCGGCCUGGUGUUCGUCCUGACGGUUGUGCAGAGUUCUGACGGAUUUAGCCGGGCAGCCAUGCCAUUUGGCCUGGUAAGGCGUGAGCUCUCUUGCGAGGGUUACCCCAUCGACCUGCGAUGUCCAGGAAGUGACGUCAUCAUGAUCGAGAGCGCUAAUUACGGCCGCACGGAUGACAAGAUCUGCGACGCUGACCCCUUUCAAAUGGAGAACGUCAACUGCUAUCUCCCCGACGCGUUCAAGAUCAUGUCUCAAAGGUGUAACAACAGAACGCAGUGCAUCGUCAUCACCGGACCAGAUGUCUUUCCUGACCCCUGCCCAGGAACGUAUAAGUACCUUGAAGUCCAGUAUGAAUGUGUUCCCUACAUUUUUGUUUGUCCCGGAACUCUGAAAGCCGUGGGAGAUCCGUCGUUUCUGUACGAGGCGGAGCAGCAAGCAGGGUCGUGGUGCAAAGACCCCCUGCAGGCGGGAGACAAGGUUUAUUUCAUGCCCUGGACCCCUUACAGAACAGAUACGCUUAUCGAGUACAACUCGCUCGACGACUUUCAAAACUCUCGCCAGACCACGACCUACAAACUCCCCCAUCGGGUCGACGGCACGGGAUUUGUGGUUUACGACGGGGCGGUGUUUUUCAACAAGGAGAGGACACGUAACAUUGUCAAAUUUGACCUGCGGACUAGAAUUAAAAGCGGGGAGGCCAUUAUCAAUAACGCCAAUUAUCAUGACACCUCGCCAUAUAAGUGGGGCGGUAAAACGGACAUCGAUCUGGCCGUGGAUGAGAACGGCCUUUGGGUGAUCUACGCCACUGAGCAGAACAAUGGCAUGAUGGUCAUCAGUCAACUCAACCCCUACACCCUUCGCUUCGAGGCCACCUGGGAUACCACCUACGACAAGCGGUCGGCCUCCAAUGCCUUCAUGAUCUGCGGCGUGCUGUACGUGGUCCGUUCCACCUACGAAGACAAUGAAAGCGAGGUUAGCAAGAGCUUAAUUGACUACAUGUACAACACCAAACAGAACCGAGGCGAGUACGUGGACAUCCACUUCCCCAACCAGUACCAGUACAUCGCCGCUGUGGAAUACAACCCUCGAGACAACCAGCUGUACGUGUGGAAUAACUUCUACAUCCUGCGCUACAAUCUGGUGUUCGGACCUCCCGAUCCAGCUCACGCUCCAGCUAUCUCAGAAGCAUCCACCACACCCAAGAUACUAAAACCCACAACCAAUACGCCGACGACCGUUCAGCAGAGAGGUCAGGUGACUACGGUUACCACUGUAGGGACCAAAGCUGUUAACAAGACGCCCAAAUCACCAGCCGCACCUCCCCAGACCACCACACCACCCCCGUUGGAGUCUUUUCCUCCUCCGGAGCGCUUCUGCGAGAGCGUGGAGCUCAGGGACAUCCUGUGGCCUCAGACGCCUAGAGGCAUGCUGGUGGAACGGCCCUGUCCCAAAGGAACUCGAGGCACUGCCUCCUACCUGUGUGUUCUGUCCACGGGGACCUGGAACCCGAAUGGUCCGGAUCUGAGCAACUGCACGUCCCACUGGGUGAAUCAAGUCGCUCAGAAGAUCCGGAGCGGGGAAAACGCAGCCAACCUGGCCAACGAGCUGGCCAAACACACCAAAGGAGCCAUCUUCGCCGGUGACAUAAGCUCUACCAUGAGGCUCAUGGAACAGCUGGUGGACAUUCUCGACGCUCAGUUACAGGAACUGCGACCAAGCGAGAAAGACUCAACCGGCCGCAGCUUCAAUAAGCUUCAAAAACGAGAAAGAACUUGCAGGGCGUAUAUGAAGGCUAUCGUGGAUACAGUCGACAACCUACUCAGACCGGAGGCUCUAAAAUCUUGGCACGAUAUGAACACCACGGAGCAGACGCAUGCCGCAACCAUGUUACUGGACACCCUGGAGGAAGGAGCCUUCGUCCUUGCUGACAAUUUAAUGGAGCCGGCCAUCGUGAAAGUACCUGCGAGUAAUAUAAUUCUUGAUGUUUACGUGCUGAGCACAGAUGGACAGGUUCAAGAUUUCAGGUUUCCCCAGAGUGGCAGGGCUGGUAUUUCUAUCCAGUUAUCUUCCAACACGGUGAAACUCAACAGUCGUAAUGGUGUUGCCAAAUUGGUGUUUGCCCUUUACAAGAACCUGGGGCAGUUUCUGAGCACAGAGAACGCGACCAUCAAGCUCGGCCACGAGGGAAACGGACGCAACCUUUCGGUGGCGGUGAAUUCAGACGUCAUCUCCGCCUCCAUAAACAAGGAGUCAAGUCGCGUGUUUAUAUCGGAACCUGUGAUUUUCACCCUGGAGCACAUCGACAUGCAACAUUACUACAACUCCAAUUGCUCCUUCUGGAACUACUCUGAGAGGACGAUGAUGGGAUACUGGUCCACUCAGGGCUGCAAGCUCGUCCACGCCAAUAAAAGUCACACCACCUGCUCCUGCAGCCAUCUCACUAACUUUGCGGUGCUCAUGGCUCAUCAAGAGCUAAUGGAUCCAGAUAAGGUCCAGGAGCUCCUGUUGAGCGUCAUCAGUCGUGUGGGUAUCGUGGUGUCCCUCAUCUGUCUGGCCAUGAGCAUCUUCACAUUCUGUUUCUUCCGUGGUCUCCAGAGUGACCGGAACACCAUUCACAAGAACUUGUGCAUCAGCCUCUUCAUCGCAGAGCUCAUCUUCCUCAUCGGCAUCGACAUGACGGAGCCUAGGAUGGCCUGCUCCGUAAUCGCAGGAAUUCUCCAUUACUUUUUCCUGGCGUCGUUCGCUUGGAUGUGUUUGGAGGGGGUUCAGCUCUAUCUGAUGAUAGUGGAGGUCUUUGAGAGCGAAUAUUCACGCAGGAGGUAUUUCUACAUGGCGGGAUACCUCCUACCCGCUGUGGUCGUGGGUGUGUCUGCCGCGGUCGACUACAGGAGCUACGGGACCAAGAAGGCAUGCUGGCUCAGAAUGGACAAUCACUUCAUCUGGAGUUUCAUUGGACCGGUCACCUUCAUUAUCAUGCUCAAUCUGGUGUUCCUGCUCAUCACGAUGUACAAAAUGAUGAAACACUCCACGUCGCUGAAACCCGAUUCCAGUCGGCUGGAGCACAUAAAUAAUUAUCGCGUCUGUGAUGGCUAUUAUAAUUCUGAUUUGCCUGGGUCGUGGGUCAUGGGCGGCUUUGCUCUCCUCUGUCUCCUGGGCCUGACCUGGACGUUCGGGCUGUUCUUCAUCAGCGAGUCGUCUGUGGUGCUGGCAUACCUCUUCACCAUAUUUAACACCUUCCAGGGCAUGUUUAUCUUCACCUUCCACUGUCUCCUUCAGAAGAAAGUUCGGAGAGAGUACAGCAAAUGUCUCCGUCACACGUACUGCUGCACCGGGAGACCGACAGAGAGCUCUCACAGCUCCACAAAGACCUCGACGACGCGGACAAGCGCUCGCUAUUCCUCUGCUACUCAGAGUCGAAUCAGAAGAAUGUGGAACGACACAGUGAGAAAACAGUCUGAAUCUUCUUUCAUCUCAGGAGAUAUCAACAGCACAUCAACACUAAAUCAAGGAAUGACGGGCAAUUAUCUUCUUACUAACCCUCUGCUGAGACCGCAGGGCACUAAUAACCCCUACAACACAUUACUGGCUGAAACUAUCGUAUGUAACACGCCGACGGUACCGGUCUUUCACUCACCAGUGACCUACAGAGAGACAAGACACUCGGUGAUCAGCGGCAGAGACAUGAACACGUUCGGUACUCUACAACUCAACGGAAACUUUAAUAACAGCUACUCACUUCAUAACUACGGCGACGGCGUGCAGGUGGUGGAUUGCGGGCUCAGUCUCAACGACACGGCCUUCGAAAAGAUGAUCAUCUCUGAGCUUGUGCACAACCACCUCAGGGCCGCCGAGUCACGAAUCAGCACCAAAAGGGGGGGCGGGAUCGGCAGAGGGGAGGAGCCCGUCAUCGCAGAGACGUCGUCCCUCGUGCAGGUGGGGGGAGACAGCGAAAUCGGGGGUCUGGGGCUGCACCACACGCACCCUCGCACGCUAGAAGCCCCCCUCAUCCCCCAGCGAACUCACUCGCUCCUGUACCACACGCAGGAGAGAGCGAGGCCCGACACGGAAGUUCCGCAAGUUCACGGCUUCAUCAGCCAACUCCCACCUCCCGCCGAGACCGCCCUGCCCUCCCCCAGCAGAGACUCGGUGUACACCAGUAUGCCAAACCUCAGAGACUCGCCGCUCUCGGAGAGCAGCCCGGACGUCGGGCAGGACCUGUCGCCCUCCAAACACAGUCCGAGCGAGGACGUUUACUAUAAAAGCAUGCCCAACCUGGGGUCCGCCCAGAAUCUGCACGCGUAUUACCACAUGAGCAGAGACGGUAGCGAGGGCCUCGUCGUCCCCGUCGCGAAAGACGACUGUGUCCCCGAGGGGGACGUACGGGAGGGACAGAUGCAGCUGGUCACAAGCCUUUAAAGCUGGUCAUUUUCAAACGAACUGCAAGCACCGCCCACCAUGUACACAGCCCCGCCCAUCCACCGACAGCCAAGAGAUCUUCCUGUUUUUAGCCUCCCACAUAACUGCACAUAUGCUGGAGAUGAACCGCUGCUGUCGGAUGAGUUAUAGCCGGCCCAGAUGGAAUCUUUUUUGGGGGGGUGCUGUUUUUUAGGGCGGGUGGAAUUCUCUGAAAUGUAUUAAACAGAGUAAAAAUUCAUUUCUUAAACAGAAUUGUUGUCCUGUUUUCCAGUUCACGAUAACUUGAAAGGCUACUUUGAGAUUUUUUUAUCUGUGUUACCCAUUGGCAAAUCUAAAACAAUUGAAAAACCAAAUUGAUAUGUUUUCUGAAGAAAACAAUGCACACAAUUUUCCUUCUUAUGUAAAUUGAAAUUAUUUCAUGUAUGUUUAGAUAUUCAUAUUGGAAGCAAGACAGAAAUGCUGUUCAUGGAAAGGAUUUUUUGCUGUCGCUUGUCGGUAGAUGAAUAAAUUAUCGAAUUACCAAGAAUAUUUCAUAAACGAAACACUCGAGGGGUGGGGGAUGUGUUCAACUUUGUGACAAUGUUUCAGUUCUGUGGAAAUCUGACAAGCUCUCCACGUGCACAGAUUCCGUGUGGGCCUGGUUAUAGGAAUACAGUUUCACAUAAAAACAUAAAAACCAACCAAAAAAAUAUUACAGAGUUCUUGUCCCAGUGCAUACGUGCAUACAUAAAGAUUGUACAUAUGGUCACAUUUCUCUUUAAAACGCAGUUUUUUAUUAUUAUUAUAAUUAUUAUACAAAAAUCGAAAUUCCAGACCCUAAAGACAUGCAGACAUUGCCCUACUUGAAUAAAAAUUUAGCUGGCUGGAUCUUUAUCACAACCAUCAACAGUAUCUCACAUGACCACUAGCAAUCAAACCCCAGGCCUUAUAUUUUCUCAGUCUUAAUCGAAAGCAUAGGGGGUUAUGAUAUAGCAAAGAACAAAAAUAUAUAUUUUGUUGUAUGGAUUGUGUAAAAUACAAAUAAAUAAUGGCAACCCUAAAUGUAAAGAGUUUUCGAAAAGAUGACUGUACAGAGUUUUGAAGAGCGUUUAAUGGAUCUUACCAAAUGCACGAAAGAAAGCAAUGGCAACGCCAGGUGCUGAUCCCUUCCUGAAAAAGAUGUUUUGCUGCUUUUGUUCAUUUCAUUGUAGAUUCCCAAAAUUUUGUGCCUUGCACAAAUUUAUUUUGUGCAAAUCUGUGCAACGCAUGAAAUAUGUAGCGAUCGGAGGCCGCAGCGUGGGACGACGCAUACUGCAGCUGGGCUUGGAUAUUUAUUUAUUAAAUUAUUCUGCGAAAAAUGAUAGUUUGAGAGUCUUUUUGUGAAUAUUUUACAGCACUGGUUGACGUAGUUCAUUCUCAUAAGCAUUGUUAAGGAACCCAUCAUGAUAAACAUGUUAAGGAGCCCGUU